AAUUUUAAUUCUCUUAAUAGUUUGCGUCAAAGUUCAAUCAAGAAUAUUUUUAUUUUAUCCAUGUCGUUUACUUCAAAAGAAUCAAAUACUAUUAAAAAUAUACGUGAGAAUAAUAAUAGUGUAUCAAUGAUUCUACUGAGAGUGAAUGAAGUGAAGAUAGAUACUAACACCCACACCCACACCUAUUAUAUUAGAAACUGUUACAAUCUUCGAAUACUUUUUCUCCUUUCCACGAAUUUUUUGUUGAUAGGAAGUGUAUUCAUCAAACAUGUUUGGCAAUAAAAAGAAACAACAACAUUCUGUAGAUGUCUAAAGGUGAAAUUUAAGUCGGCCAUUCGUUUGUUUCUUAUUCGACGAAAAAGCAUCAUUAACGGGGAUUGUUUGUCUUUGCUUUCACUGUUAAUGACGUUGGAGACUUUUUUCUUUCUGCGUCCUGUCGUUAUUCUUUUGCCUUUCUUUCCAAGGCAAUGCAUUAUAUAUAUUGCACCUCGUAUUUGUGCGCAUUGUCAGAACGUGAAGGUAGUAAUGUUUUUUUUUUAACAUUCUUUUCUAAUGUGUUUUUGUGUUUCGGCUUGCAUUUACAAAAGAUUACAGUUUCGGUGAAGGUAGGAAGUAUAAGAAUUGAAUGAAGAUAGACACGGAGAGAUUUUUAUUAUUAGAGUAAUUGAAGAUGUCUUCAUGUUCGUCUUGCAACAAGCCGCUCACUGGGAGGGGCGAAGAAGUUACUACUGCGUCUGGUGUUAUGUUUCAUCGUACGUGUCUCGAACAACUUCUCCAAUCAAAACCAACAACUACUGAUGAAGUAAAGCAAAACAUUCAAUCCUUUUCUAAAGCAUUUGAAGCGAGCAAGGAAAAUGAUCGUCGGGAGAAACGCGCAGUUUCUGAGGAGUAAACCGAGAAUAGAUCGGCAAUAAAAUCUAAUGAGAUGUAUUCCUUCUUAGAUGUUGCUCAAGCUCUAUCACCCACCAUUUCCUUCUCGUAUCCAAACUCAUUCAGUUUUUUUCGAGUGAGCCAGAUUAAUUAAUGCUUUUAUGAAUCCUUUUGUACUGAACUAAUCAUUAUUUGUCAAUGAAAGUUUGUAGACGGAGAAGCCUCGUCAAAAAGUUCAAAUCCAUGUCGAUACGGUGGUGAAUGUCCACAGAUCAAUAAUAAAGGUCAUUGCACUGAAUAUAAACAUCCAAGUUAUUGUUUUGACGGUGGUCGAUGCAAAAACCAACAAGAAGAACAUUUGAAGCAGUAUCGUCAUCUACCCCUGUGUUCGAAAUCGCACAAAUGUAUCGAAUAUCAGAAAGAUGAUCAGGAACAUUGUGCUAAAUUUCGUCAUUUUGCUCCGCGUUGUCCAUACGGAAAUAAUUGUGUGGAUUUUCAUGAUAAAAAACAUUUCGAUCAAUUUAGUCAUUCCUAUCCUACUCCUUGCUCCCGUACACCAUUCGAUUGUCCACUCUAUAGCGCUUUAUCCGAAAGCCAGAAUACUCGAACUCUUAAAGCAUCCAUUCACCAACAUUGCCUUGAUUUCUCGCAUGUAUGCAAAGGCGGUCGAAACUGCACUGACAAAACAUCACUGCAUUGGUCCAAAUCCAUUCAUAUCGCCCGGAAAUUAUGCCCUUAUGGUGAAAAAUGUAUUAGAGUCACCGACGAAGAGCAUCUGAAUUCGUUCACGCAUCCUAAUAUCCUCGAUAUCCGAUCGCUGUGUUCGAAAGGUGAUGAUUGCGAAGACCGCGCAAAUGCGGAGCAUACUACGAAGUUUCGUCACAAUAUUACCGAGGAAACUGGUGUAGCACCAUAUUACGGCUUAGAUAAAGGCAUAAACUUUGCGCAAAAUCAUCGGGAAAACUAUGCGCGCGUGGAACGAUAUGCUGCUGAACAUAAAUGGAAACCUUUACCUUCCGGAAAGAUUCCCAAUGACAUCCUCAAUUGGAUACGUACUGUACAACCUAUUCAUCGAUGUAAUGCGAUUAUAUUCGAAUCUAUCCUACUUCAUGGACAUGUCAUGAGUCGUGAAUAUAUGGAACGCUUAAAAAAUCCGAAGUUUGUUGCUCAGUCAGUGUUGCAACACAGUCGCAUACGACGAAUUGAGGCUUUUAAACAAAUGUCAUCAUGCGAAGAGGACGCUCGGCAAUAUGUCACCGCGUUGGUUUGUGUCGAAUUCGAGAAAAAUAAUUUCGUCUCUGCAAUGCCGAAAGCGGCAGACUGGUUGAAUAGUGAUACAACAACAUUGCCGAAAGACCAGACGGACAUAAUCGCGUUUUAUGAAGAAAUUAUCAACAAAAAAGAGAUUCGAUUAUCUGGCGCCGUAUCACCGCAAGACAUGAAGGCACUACAAGACAAAACUAUGGACAUUGCACGAGCAUCGAUCAAACUUCUUACCAGUCCAUCUGGCAUUGGAUUUGCAUCUGACAAGACCUUGGGUACCGAUAAACUUGUGUUUAGUGUACUUGGACCACAUCAGGGGCACUAUUACGGUGAUAUCAUUGUUAUUUUCAAGCGAGACAUUUUACAUCAUCCUGAUGCGAAUUUAUCCAUGCAAGCAGCGACUACAUACCUCAGUGGUAAUGCUUAUAAAUUGCGGCCAUGGCUAGGAGUUGAGCCUGGCACUCCAGCUGAAAAAGUAGAACAUUACCACGCAACAAAACUACAUGCUGCGAUUCCAGGUUAUGAAUAUGCUAUUGCUGCUGAACUGAUGGCACUGACCAGUUUAAAAUACGAACUAAAUUCGAUGGACAUUAGUCUCAAGCAAAUCCUCGAUCGGUGGACAACGGUUGAUUCACAUCAAACCGUUGAAGCUCAUUUGCCACAACUGAUCCCGUUGGAAUAUAUCGAUCAUGUGUAUAUGCCGAAAAAUCUCUUUGACAGCCUCAGUACUGAUGCACGUCAAGCGAUCAGUGCUGUUUUUCGAAAACGAAUUAGUGUCGCCGAACAAAUAGUCGAACCGAUGGUGAGUGGUGGCCAUCCAGCGUUUGGUCCCAAACCCAAAGAGAAAGCUCGAGCAGCAUAUCAGGAUGCUUGUAUUUAUACAUUACUAUUUCGGUACAAGAAAUAUACUUCACAAUUAGCAUUGAACUAUCUCAAAGGGAUAACAAUGACAAUACGUUCAACAAAAUUUGAAGAUCCUUUCCUCUUGCCUCUGACUAUCUCCCAAGCAUUUGAGCAUUACCGCCAGGUACAAUCUCGUCCGUCAACAGCUAAUAUCACGUAUAUUUACUGGAAAGCUCUCAAUGGAGAUAUGAUAUUGUCCUUAUCAAACCAAGAAAUUAGUUCCACCAAGAAACAACCGGAUCUUCGUUCCUUGAUUUGCUAUGUCGCUCCAAAGCCUUCACUGACGGACGAGCACUACUAUGAAUCAACAUCUUACCUCGCAGCUGGAAAUCCGAUUCAUCACGAAAUGAUUCUUAACAAGAAGAGCUACAAAGCUAAGUCCAAUAUUUUCUAUAUGGGAUGUAAUAUGAAUGACUUCUUUACCUAUUGCUUGGAAAUUCAUCGUGGAACUGGUCAUGUUGUUCUUUCUCACGCUGGACCGAAUGGAAUCUAUAAUCAUAAUCCAAUUGUUUGUGCUUUCAAUCGGUCUGAAUUAGACUUGACCACACUGGAUUUCAUUCACGUCAGUGCUGGAUCACGCAGGGUUCCCAUUCGAAAUCUAACAGUCUGUUUUGAUAGACAACCUGAUUUACAUCCGACAUUCGAUCGAGAAUUCAGGAGCAAUUCCAAGCAGUAA